AUGAUUCGGCAAGAGUUCCAGCGAAUUGAUCCUAAGCGGAGGGCCAUUCUCAGUCACAAAAAGAAGCAGUUUGCGACUCCAGCUUUCAAGCAACAGGACUAUCCUCAUAGAUUGAACUUUUACGAGACGCCACCCACUGCAGAGAUAACACUCGAGCAAUUUGAGCAAUGGGCUAUCGAUAGACUGAAGAUCCUUGCCGAGAUCGAGGCAUGUUCUUAUCGAAACAAGACUCCCGCAGAAACCACGGCGCACAUCACACCCCUCCUCCAGAAAUUCCUUCCUUUGUCUUCAAACACAUCGUCUCGCGACGGCGCCGAGGAUCCCCGGCUUAAAAAUGAACGACAGAAAGAUCACUAUUCGCACUUUAUCCUCCGUCUCGCCUUCUCAGCUACGGAAGACCUCCGUCGACGGUUCGCCAGGGCGGAGACUAUGCUAUUUAGAUUCCGAUUUCAAGCGGACGACUCCAGAGAACGACGAGCCUUUAUUGACAGCCUGAGCCUUGAUUGGGAAAGCGUGAGUGAUGAGGAAAGGCGGGAGGUCGCCGAGCAUUUGGUUGCCGCGACACCGGGCCUGCGCCGCUCGGAUGAGGAAGUCUGGUAUAAAGUGGAUUGGGAAAAAGUGCCGGAACUCAUUGAAAGACGGACCGUAUUCCUGUCGAGGGGCAAGGCUUACGUACCGGAGAGGGAGCAGCUCAGUAUGAUUAUUGCUGAAUUCACAACUCGACUGGAGCGUGCUUUGGAGGUAUGUGAAGUCAAAUUCGAGGAUUGA